CAUGUUUACUUUCCCAUUCAAAAUUACCUACACUUAGUCGGCGCUUCUUAAAGUGAUUCUUAUUGAGUUAGUAGCUUAGAAUGAAGACAGCUGAGGGUUUGCUCAGCGACCGCAAGUAAACGUAGAAGUGACCAAGUGCGGUAUUCCUUUUCGCUGCCAAGUAGCUUUCACUUGGCGAAAUGGCGUCCGCAUUUGUCGUCCCUGUUAUUGAUGUCCAGAAUGGCAAUUUCAAAGAACUUUGGCCUGCUAUGGUGGUGGCACUUAAAACAGCUUCAUUCGUUGCUGUUGAUACGGAGCUGAGUGGCCUCGGAAAUAGAACGUCAUUGCUUGCAGAGUCUAUAGAAGACAGGUAUAAAGCUAUUUGUCAUGCAGCCCGCUCUCGCUCCAUCCUCUCCUUGGGAAUUGCCUGCUACAAGAAGUUCAGCGAUAAGGCUGCAGACACACACCUGGUUCAGGUGUACAACCUCACCUUACUGUGUUCGGAGGAGUACAUAAUAGAGCCCCAGUCGGUCCAGUUCCUGGUACAACAUGGAUUUGACUUCAACAAGCAGUAUGCAGAAGGGAUCCCGUAUCACAAGGGUAAUAAUAAGGGAGGAUCAGACAAUCAGGGUGUUCAUAUCCGGGCUUUAUUUACUGAGCUACUGCGUGCAAGAAAACCUCUGGUGCUCCACAAUGGCCUCAUUGAUAUUGCGUUCCUCUACCAGAAUUUCUAUGCACAACUACCAGAUCGUUUAGCCACCUUCACAGCCGACCUUUCUGAGAUGUUUCCUGCUGGCAUCUUUGACACUAAAUACAUAACAGAAUUUGAUCUUCGCUACAGUGCAUCAUACCUGGAGUAUGCCUAUAAGAAAUGUAAGUUGGAUAAUAGUCGAAAUGUGGCCUCCGGUGAAGCUGGUGGUCGUGUCUACCUGGAGUUCUGUCAGUAUGUUGGCACCAUGUCCCGCUAUGUGGACUACAGAUUUUGUCCAACUGGGGCCCCUCUCGCGGCGCAGGCUGACAUCUGCCAGCCCUUCUCGUCGUUUGGUUGGUGUUCAAAGGGCACCAAGUGUCCGUUGUCCCAUGACACGGACCUCAUCAUUCUCCAAGAUGAUAACUCCAAGGAAGACAAGAAAAAAAAGAGGAAGCGUCAGAAGAAGAAAAAGAGAGACCAGGAACAGAAAGAUUGCUCUAUUUCAGAAGGCGCUCCCCAAAACAAAAUGCCCCAUUUGGAAUUGACUCCAGAAGACGGCCAACAAGGGGCAACCGAAGGGUGCCUGGAAGGAGCAAAUUUGAUAGACGGUAAUAGAAACGCCCAACUGCAUGAAGGGGAAAACCUGAAAACAGAAAGCGAGGAGAACAAAAUAUGUGAGGACAACGCAGAGUCCACAAAGACUGAAACGACCACCGGAAGAAGUGAAAAUAAGGCGGAGUCGGGCACGCACCGGGCUGGGUUUGAUGCCUUCAUGACAGGUUAUAUAUUUGCCUACUCAUGCACCCUGGUGAAGGAGCGCGAAGCGAAUAUGAUAGGGCUUCCCAACUCCAUCAAUAAGGUCUAUCUCAGUGGCAAGGCAGCACCGCUCAACAUUGUCAAGAGUACCUUCUCCAAGUCAUCCAAGGCCCAUGUGCAGAAGAUGGAAAUGGUUUGGGGAAGCAAGCAGUAGAGGAUAGUUUAAUAACUUUUUAAAAAUGACAUUCAGACUGAUACGGGCUUUGGUAUUCUUGUAUUUUAAUUGGAAUUAUGAUUAUUAUCUAAAACAACUUGCUGAAAAUAAAUGAGCUCUGUCUUAUUUUUUGUUUGUUUUGUUUUGUAAUGAGACAAAUAUUUGUAAAAUAAAAAUAUCCCAGCA